AUGACAGAUUUAUCCAAACCCCAAGAGAUCCCCCGACUCAGCCCCAACCCUCUCACCAACUCAGACCGGUGGCAAGCCAUCGCCACCCGCGACACCACAGCCAACAACUUCGUCUACGCCGUCCUCACUACAAAAAUAUACUGUCGCCCCUCAUGCGCCGCACGACUAGCCCGCCGUGCUAACGUCCAAUUCUACGACACCCCUCCGCAAGCAGAGAAAGCAGGCUUCCGACCCUGCAAGCGCUGCCGGCCGCAUUCGGGACAGACGGCGGUUCAAAGCAACCCCCAAACUGCGAUGAUUGACAAAGCCUGCGAGUCAAUCCGGAACAUUCUGACGACAGGGAUGAAACCAAAAUUAAGAGAUCUGGCGGCGGAGGCUGGCUUGACAGCCAGUCAUUUCCAUCGUGUGUUUAAGAAACAUGUGGGCGUUACGCCCGGUCAAUAUGUAGAGAGUCUUGUGCAGAGCAAUCUGCACUCGCCGAACUCAUCCGAUCCUUUUUCUGGAGUUGAAACACCACGCUCAGCCUCUGGGGAUAGGGGUGGGAUCUUGGAUCUAGAUAGGAGUAAGAAAGGGGGUCUAUCGGCGGCUGGGGCCGAAAUCACAUUUAUGAGUGGCUGGAAUGAGUUCGAUGCUUUACUGGCUUCCGAACCAGAACAAACGUGGGUGCCUGACUCGUUAUCUAUUGAUCCUAGAAUGAUCUUGGCUGAGUGA